CAUGAAGCUUUCUUUGGUACUUGCUCUGUUUGCAGCAAUUUUUCUUGUGUCCUCUGGCCACUGGAGAUGGAGACACAGCGGAAUACACCAUGGAGGUUGGCUUCACGGAAGAUGGCGUCACGGAGGGUGGCAUAACGGGGGAAGUCAUCAUUGGAGAUGGUGUCAGAACAGAAUGAAGUGUUUGACAGAACAAAGAAAGAAGUUAAAGAACGAACUGGACCAAUGUCUGUCACGUCCACCACCUAGCGCCACGUCACCAACAACUACCACAACGUCACCAACAACUACUACCACGUCACCAACAACUACCACCACGUCACCAACAACUACCACUACAACGUCACCAACAACUACAACAACGUCACCGACAACUACCACCACGUUACCACCACCACCGCCGAUUAGCGACUGCUGGGAUGUGAAAACACGCCAGAACCAGAGCAGUGACGGCACGUACACGAUCGACUCACCAGCCGGGGGUCAGGUGGACGUCAGGUGUGACAUGACCACGGACAAUGGCGGCUGGCUCACUUUCGUCAGGCGGGUCCAGGGUGGUGUCGACUUCAACAGGACAUGGGAAGAGUACAAGAACGGAUUCGGCGACCUCUCAGGAGAUUUCUGGUGGGGAAAUGAAUUUCUACACACUUUCACGGCAGCAAAGGAUGUCGAGAUGCGGGUCGACAUGAGUGACGGGAAGGGUAACCACGCCUACGCCUUGUACGACAGUUUACACGUGGACGACGAGGCCAACAACUAUACCAUCCACUUCGGACAAUACAGCGGGAAUGCCGGAGAUUCGCUUCGAUAUUAUAAGGAUCCAAUGUUCAUGCACAAUAACAAGCCUUUCGGCACCUACGACCACGAGGGCUACAUGGAAAGCGCGAAGAAGUACUACAGCGGCUUCUGGUUCCAUAUCAGCACCACAGCUCUCCCGACCGGGCGGUACAAUGCAACAGUGUAUUGGCCAACAUGGAAAGGAAUGAAGUCUCUGAAAGAAAUCACAAUGUCAAUCAGACCAAAGGGAGUGGUUUAAAGAAUUGCUGUCUCCAGGUCUUAAGUGCGGAAAUAAAUACUAUUAAAUUGAG